GGAUCCCCAAGCCACAGGGAGCUGAGUAGACAUCGUCAAAGCCCACGAGGCCCACAACCCAACCCAACCCAACCUGUAAAUAGGUUAGGCCUUACAGCUUGCCAAGCGCAGCGACCUAGAGGUUCGCCGUACUUUGUUUACAUUUAUUCAAUCGUCGACAAUGUUACGAUUCUGCUCCUUCUUUGUUGUCUCUCUGUCGCUAUUUAGUCUUGGGAAUGCUAGCACCGCCGUAUUCACGACGGAUUUCCCUGACUGCGAUGUCGGAACAUCACUCAACCUCUCAUGGAAGGGUGCUUUUCCGCCAUCAAACAUAAGCUUGGACAGGGGAACGUACUUACUCCCCGACUUUGGAGUUGUCAUCAAUAUCCCCGGAACAGACGGCUAUUAUGUAUGGAAAGUUCCAUUGGAUCUGCCGACCGACAUGUACGGCUUUUACAUAGAAGAUAGCAGCAUGUUCAAUGGCGUAUCUUCAUAUAGUAAUUAUUUCAACAUUACACAAACGAAUUCGAGCGUUGGGGCUUUUGUAAAGCCCACUCCGGCCGUUUUUGCAGAUUCAGCGACAGCCACAUCGUACAAUGUUACGGUAACUUCUUCUGCUGCUGCUAACUCUUCGUCGGGAGGAAGCCGAGGAGGGCUAUCCGAUGGUGCUAAGGCCGGUAUUGGUGUUGGUGUGGCUUGUGCGGUUCUUGUUGUUGUUGGUCUUGCUGCUUUUUGGCGUAGAGGGAAACGCCGCUCAGGAACGCAAAUGCCACCGGUGGCAGGCUCUACUAUCAAUGAACCGUAUGGCAAGGCAGAGUUGCCGGGGAGUGGUAAGAUGACGCUGGGUGCAAAUGCAGACUCGCAGAAGGCAGAGUUAGCUGUUGGGGAGAUAACUACAGACGGGACAGUGGAGUUGGAUUCUGAUCGCACAACACGGGCCGAACUAGCGUGAUCGACUACAGUGGGGUUGGACCCAAUAGCCCCAGGCCCAUCAGCACCGCAGAGCCCUAACGAGAUAAACAUCUCUUCAGCCCAAGGCGAAGCGCAACGUGCAGCGUAAUCAGGAU